AUGGCGCUGUCCCAUGUACAAACACUUUCCUUAGUAGCGGACAGACUAGCUGACGAUUUGAGAUUCAGCCGAGGGGAAGAACCAGUGUCGCGAAAUCAACUUGGAGAACUGGAGUUUUCUCAUUUUGUCAUGUGCUCACCCCACCCAAUGCUUACCAAGGGUAAAAGUCUAUUCUACAAUGCUAUUCUGCCCCGACCAGGGUUUUCUGACUACCCAGUGACCUUGAUGAUAGCACCCUGCUCCCAAUACGCUCCUCUGAUGCGACAUAGCGGCUCUCAGCUCUUUGCUUUACCUGGCUUUCUGGAAUUAGAGGACCAAGACGGCUCUGUAACGAAAUUCUUACAUGAGACGGGGACAGUGAAUUUGGAAGGAAGACAUACUAAAGUGGUCGCCAUGCCUCGUCUGAACCUAUGCUCCUUUCAUUCCCUUGCUGCUCAUCAUUUGAAUGAGAGAAUGGAUUGCGCCGCACAUGAGGAACUUGUAGCCUUCAUUCUGCUUCAGUUGCUUGCUGCUUUGAAAAUGCUACAAAGCGACGGCGUUGAAUCGCUUAGUACGAAUUUCAAGGAGUUCCUUCUUGCCUACCGCUUUGCACCGAACUCACAAACGGAAAUAUGGGAGUUUCCGCGACUGAUCUUCUUGCCGGAAACCCACGGAGCCGAAAUCGAAAGCGGUGGAGACGAACUCGUUGGACUAUGUCGUUACGCCAUGAGAGCGCUGUGUACACUUCUACAUCACAGAAUGGAUGGGAAAGCUCCGCCUAUACGCUAUCGGUAUGCUUACUCUCUCUUGAUGUUUAUGAUGCUCAGAAAUGUUCUGCUUCCUAGGUCAAGGUAUUCAAGCGCGCUCUUGGCAUGUGCAACACUUCUGCAAGAGGACAAAUCAUCCAGCUUAACGAAGGCGAAGAAUGUUCUCGAAGUGGCGCUGUGGGGUGGUGAGACAUGCAGGAGUGACACAGAGGCUCGUGUCUGGUUGGAUGUAGCUAGAGCGGAAUGUGUGGAUUCUUUGUUGCGCCAGCUUGUCUGUGAGCCUGGUUGUCGCCUUGGCGCUCGUGAACGUUACCGCGUUGAGUUCCUUCUUGGUGCCACUCCACGCUCCAUUGUUGAAAGUCAAGCUGCUAUCACUGCUGCCAAAACGCGAUGA